CCUUGUGCCGCUGUGCACUUUACGGUUACACUGAUAUCAGACGUGGAGUUUAGACAACCGGGCAGUGGACAGAUAAUAGCACCGACAACCCGUAAUGAAAGGCGACAUGGACUACCAUUGCGACCUGUGGACCCACUCUUCGUUGUCACCGCCAUCACGGAGAUGGAGUUUGUUCUAAAAAUGACGAUAUGACAUGUUUUUACCUCGGUGAAGACAACCAAAGCUCGUUCAUCGAUCGCCUGAAAGGUGGAGGGGACAACAACGUCAGAUUAGCUAGAAACGUGAUUUGAUCUGUCACACACAGACCCGCCAACAACAACAAGAAAAUGUCUAAAACCAUGUCACCAGUCCCCGUCCUUCCGCUGGUGAUCAACGGCUUCAUGUCUGCGCUGGGCUGCCUGGCCACACUGAAACUCAUCCCUGCGUUCAAAGACCACUUCAUCUCAGCCAGGUUAUACGGAAUGGACCUAAACAAAACAACCAAAAAGGAAGUCCCAGAGUCCCAAGGAGUCAUCAGUGGGACGGUCUUCCUCAUCAUCCUCUUCUGCUUCAUACCAGUGCCUUUCCUCAGCUGCUUCGUAGGAGAUCAGUGCAUGGGCUUCCCACAUGAUGAGUUUGUACAGCUGAUCGGUGCACUUCUGGCCAUCUGCUGCAUGAUCUUCCUGGGCUUCGCUGACGAUGUGCUGAACCUGCGGUGGAGACACAAGCUCUUGCUUCCCACCAUGGCUUCCCUGCCGCUGCUCAUGGUCUAUUUUACCAACUUCGGCAACACGGUCAUCGUGGUGCCCAAGCCCUUCAGAGCCCUGCUUGGGCUGCACUUGGAUCUGGGUAUUCUCUACUACGUCUACAUGGGGAUGCUUGCGGUAUUCUGCACAAACGCCAUCAACAUCCUAGCGGGCAUCAAUGGCAUCGAGUCAGGUCAAGCCCUGUUUAUCUCCGGCUCCAUCAUCGUCUUCAACUUGCUGGAGCUCAGUGGUGACUACCGUGAUGACCAUGUUUUCUCCCUCUACUUCAUGUUACCAUUCUUCUUCACCACAUUAGCACUUUUUUACCACAACUGGUACCCCUCAUCUGUGUUUGUGGGAGACACUUUCUGCUACUUUGCUGGGAUGACCUUUGCUGUAGUCGGUAUCCUGGGGCACUUCAGCAAAACAAUGUUGCUGUUCUUCAUUCCUCAAGUGGUUAACUUUGUCUACUCCCUGCCUCAGCUUUUUCAUAUUAUCCCCUGUCCCAGACACCGGCUCCCCAGGCUGAAUCCAGACACGGGUAAACUGGGGAUGAGCUACUCUAAAUUCAAAAGAAAGGACCUCUCUAAAUUAGGACACCUCAUUCUGACGGUGGCAGAGUUAUUGAAGCUGCUAGAAGUGCGAAGAGGCCAGGAGGGAGAUGAUGAUUUUAUUGAGUGCAACAACAUGACCUUAAUAAACCUGGUACUGAAAUUACUCGGUCCCACCCAUGAGAGAAACCUCACAGUCAUCAUGCUCAUCAUACAGGUGAUGGGCAGUGUGGUGGCUUUUGGGAUACGUUAUCAUCUGGUGCGUCUCUUCUACGAUGUCUAGACAGUUCUCCAGGAAAGAGGAGAGACUGACUGAGAAAAUAUGAUAUGAUAAUAUUGUUAUGGAACUAUUUUAUGGGCUCAUUGUUCAUCUGCCUUUUAAUAGAGUCCAUUACCUCACUGUUACUUUUCUGCCUCAGAUUCGACCUGCAGUAAAGACCCAGUGCAAGGUUUAAAGCUAUGUUUCACCUUGGUAGAACAUUUUCACAGCUAUGGAUCAACAGCAGUAGUGUUGCUUAUUCUCCUGGUCUCAGUAAUUACAAGCAGGAAAGUGUGACUGGGUCUUAAUUAUCUUGUGUGUCCAGCCUGAAAGUAUAUUUUUAUACUUGUUUUUUUUUUUUUUUAGAGGAAAGAACAGUAAGCGGGGAUGACUUUUGGUCUUCAAGUUGGCCAACAUCAAUGGUUGACUGCUACUGAAUUGUUACCAUUAGAUAUCAGGAUUUAUGGAUGUAGAAGUGCCCUAAAUAUAUAUAUAGUUACUCAAACAGCGGCCCAUCGCUUGAAUCUGCCGUUGAAGCAAAAAUGUACCCACUCACACUUCAUCCACACUCAUAAAUAUCAAUCCAUGCAACAUGGGUGGGACAGUUAGUAUCUUUUUUUGUUUGUUUUUUUACUUACAAACGCACACAGAAUGGUGAUUGAAGAAAAGCAGUAAAAAGCUAAUGAGGCUGUAAUCAGUCUGAAGAAGAGUAAAUAGAGGGGGGUGUUAGAAGAGAUUAAAUGAGUGUCUGGGUUGUUGUAAAAGUUAAUUAAGGUCUAUGAAAGGUGAAGGGCUUAUAAUCAAUUGUUUAUACCUUUCUUGGUAUUAUUGGAUACAUAGCUGUAUUUUUAUGACUGAUGUGCAUUCCCCCCCUCUCUAAGGGUUCAGACGUGACGAUGUGAAUUCGACUCGCACUGGAUUAUUUUGUUAAGGAAUGUAACUACAACUGAGAAACUGUUUACUGUUGAGAUGGAAGGCUCAAAUUGAGAAAUAAAAUUAAAAUAUGAUAUUCUGCCAUUGCUA